CUCAUUUGGAGGGGAUUAUGAAUAGGCGGUAGGAACAGGAAAUUGGGGUGAAGUAAGAAGUGGAAAAGGAUGGAGAAAAGAGAGUGUUUUAGGAAGAGAAAAAAGGGGCAAAACAGGUAAAAAGAGAAGAGAGAUUGGUACGAAAGAAAGGGUCGGGAGAGGUGAGAAACAAGGGGAAAUGAGUGAGCUUCCUGGCAAGAAAUGAGGGGAGGGGGAAAAUGUGCCUGUCACCCACGUGACGUGAAGUGGGCCGGGGAGAGGUGGCAAUACGGCGAUGUCCUAGUCACAGCCUCGGCCGCCGCCCCCGCUGCAGCUGGCGCAGCUGGAACAGCUUGAGGCCGUGGGGCUCGGGCGGCUGCCGCCGCGAAGCUGUCAGCAGGUGGCGAGUAGGGGCCGAGCGAGCCCGCUAGUGAAGGCGCCCAGAGCCGCGACUGUGGGCGCAGGCAGAGCCGCCCGAGCCGCCAAAGGGAAAGCAGCACAAUGGAGCCGGAGCCCGCCCGGGACUUCGGACUGGGCGACUCCUCCUUGCACAGAUACCUUGAUGGGGAUUUCUGGAAGCUGAAGAAUGAGCUCCGCAGGCUCUUGGCCGGUUGUCCCCUCUUCUGGCAAAGAUACGACCUAAGUCUGGAUGAAAUGAGGGAUUUGACAUUUCAGAGAGUGAAAUUUACCAUGGGCUUACCUCAGUUAAAACGUGCAAUUCAGGAACAGGCAGAGAAGAAGAAGAAUUUUGUCAGGAAAAGUCUUGUCAUUGGAGAAGUCCUUUCCACAGCAGACAUGGCGACAGGAGUAAAGUGUGGCAUAAUUUACUGGUUAUUUGGUGGGGCUGUCAGGAAUCUUGGGAGCCCAGGACAUGUUGCUAAGUGGUUCCAGCCACUCCAGGAGCAGAAAUUCACAGGGAUGUUUGCGAUGACGGAACGGGGUCAUGGCAGCAAUGUGAGGGGCAUACAGACAGAAGCGACUUUUGAUCUCACUGCUCAGGAAUUUAUCAUUGACACCCCUUGUGAAAAUGCUGAAAAGAUGUAUAUUGGGAAUGCAAUGGAAGGUCAUUAUGCUGCUGUCUUUGCCCAACUCAUCGUAAAUGGAAGAUCUCAAGGUCCCCACUGCUUUAUUGUUCCCGUGAGAGAUGAAAAUGGAAGUUUGUAUCCUGGAGUGACAGCGAUUGAUAUGUUACACAAAGAAGGUUUACAUGGUGUGGAUAAUGGGAUUUUAAUAUUUGACAAGGUUCGAAUUCCAAGGGAGAACCUACUGGAUAAGUUUGGUUCUGUGGCACCAGAUGGACAAUAUUAUUCACCCAUUAAGAACAAGAGUGAAAGAUUUAAUGUAAUGUUGGCGGCUCUGACACCCUCCCGAUUAGCUGUGACUUUCCAAGCCAUGGGAGCCAUGAAGCUUGGUCUGACAAUAGCCAUUCGCUAUAGCCACAGCCGGAGGCAGUUUGGGCCCAAGGCCAAGGAAGAAGUCAAGAUCAUUGAACACCAAACGCAGUACCUCCGAUUGAUGCCUCAUUUGGCAACGGCAUUAGCGCUGACUUUUACCAGCAGAUAUGCUGGGGAUUUAUUGGAUGAAGAUAUCUUUCAUGAGAAGGAUCUUGUCAACAGCCGAUCUUUGCAGGCUCUAGUGGCAGGUCUAAAAGCAUACAGUACCUGGGAAAACAUAACUUGUUUACAAGAUUGUCGGGAAUGCACUGGAGGCAUGGGUUACAUGAUGGAAAAUCGGAUCUCAGGCUUAAAAUGUGACUCAGAUGUGUUUGUGACCUUCGAAGGCGACAAUGUGGUUAUGCUCCAGGUGGUGGUACGGGAACUCCUUGCUCAGUAUACCAAGCAGUAUGAAGAAAGACCACUUUUUGGCCUCCUUCGGAACUGGACAGAGUCUGUGAGUGACAACUUGAGAACCAGUUUUUUGGCAUUUAACAUGGAUACUAUUGGUAAUUUGACCUUCCUAUUGAAAGCAGUGAGUUUUCGAGAAAGAGUUCUUCAGAGGGGGUUGGCGGCCAGAAUCUACUAUAAGGUAAUGACCAAGAAGGAGGACAUUUUCAGUGCCUGGAAUUCAUGUCUUCAUCAUGUUGCUUCCUUGUCCUUGGCGCACAUACACAGAGUUACUUUAGAACAGUUCUCCUUAGCAGUGGGGAGCUGCCCUGUUCGGGAGGACCAGACUUUGUUAAUGAAGUUUUGUCUUUUGUAUGGAACCAAGUUGGUGUUUCAGGAAAGAGCAUGGUAUUUAGAACAUAAAUACUUGACCCCAGCAAGCAGUGUGCAGAUCAGAAGUCAGUUGCUGAAUUUGUGUGAUUCGGUGAAGGAGGAUGCACUGAAGGUGAUUUCAGCCUUUAACAUUCCUCACAGCUCCAUCCACGCGCCAAUUGCUGGCAUUCCCAAUUCCCGAGCAUCCUGGGCGUUUUACCCUCCACCCCAGCCUCAAGAGCAGCCAAAGUCGGCCAAGGAAGGAAUGGGACACCAGCGGCUCAAAUUUGGGGCCAAGUUAUAAAUGUGUCGUUUUCGGUGUUGUGUUUGCAGUCUCCAUGGUGGUUCAUUUCACAGAAUCAGGAAGCUCACCCUUGAUAUGUGCCAGGAAAACAAUCCCGUUUAGGUCCAUGCUUGAUCACUUGGCCCCUGCUGAAAAAGGGCAUAAACUGGGGCCAGGCAAUGAAAGCAAUGUGGCCAUGAAUCUUUCACUAUAGUUGUCUAUCAACGGGGUCAGGGAGGCCAAGACAGGCAAGAAACAUAAGUCUCAUUGCUGAUGGGUCUGGCUGGACUGGAGUCCUAAGGGAAUGAGAGUAAUGGGUUCAGAUGAGGUGGGGGUAGAAAGUGCUCUAUUGGAAAGGACUUUCAGUCUUGUCUUUGCUGGAGAGCUCACCCUUGCUGUCCCAAGCCACUCGGUCUUGCACACUAUCAAGGGAUGGUACAAAGCCGAGAGAUAAACUGUCAUUUCUGGUUUUUGCAGGUUUAAAUCUAAAGAGAUUUAUCUUUAUGGAUGGGAUUCCUAAAUCAGAUUCCGAGGGAUUCCGGGAAAGCAGGCAAAAUGUAAACAAACCCACCGAAUUCCCUUCCUUUCCCAGCUAGUGCCCCAGCUAGCUUAGGUGCUUAGCUGUUUCAGUGAGUCAGACCCACUUAGCUUCUUAAAGGAAAUGCCCCGGAGAUGACUGACUGAUAAUACCUUUUGGAAUUUUACUCAGAGAUCUCAAAGCAAAUGCUCUGGAGGAGCCCGGGAAAAACUAGACUGGUCCUCAGAACUAUUUACCAACCAAUGCAAACAACUUCUGUAAAGGUUGGGGGAGGGAGGAAGCGGUAUUUAGAAACACAUUUUAAAUCAUUUCUACCAUAUGUUUUUAAGCUGUCGAGUAAAAAAAAAAAAGUAGAAAGUUUAAUAAAGAAAUAAAAACAAAGAAGACGGUGUUCUUUGUUUCUUUAGAAGUUAAAGCAGAGGAUAAAGGUCGGUUUUAUUAUUUAAUCUUAAGAUUUUCGGAAUUGAGUUGGGAUCCUGAAACAUAAGAACUUUUGCACUCGAAAUUCUAGCAUGAGGACUGUGAUUUUAUACUUCACGGACAAAAUAUCCUCCUCCUAUACUUUGUCAUGUCUCUCAUACCCUCAACAACUAAACCAAACAAAACGGGAGUAAAAAGAGCUUGUCUGAGUAAAAUCAUUUUGACUUUCCAGAUUCCGGAAUCAAGAAAAAAAGAAACCAAUGCUUUUUGAUUUUUCUCACCCGAGGGGCCAAAAAAAGAAAAAAGUUUCCAGAGAAGAACCCUUCACAGUCAGAAAUUAGUCCAAUUGGGCUAGUGAGUAAGCCCUGGAAUUCCAGCAAACAUAAAAGGGACAGGGAUGGAAGAAAGGACAGGACUUCGGGCUUUGUCGUCACCUCAGAGGAGACGCACAGGAAAAGCUUUGUUUCGGACUCAGUAACUCUACAGGAGUUAUUGCAGUUAUUUUCGCAACUAUCACUUUAACAGUAACAAUAACAAAUGUGAUGUUACCAGAGUUUUAUAUCUUCCUUUGAUUACUUCCAAAUCACCCUGGAAUACGCAUUUGAAUUACCCCAAAUUAAAAAGUAUAAAUGAUUAUGUUUGAACAGUGGGAUUUGGGGAAGCGAGACGAACAAGGAUAUUUCUUUGUAAAAAAACCUUUGUAUUUUUGCGAAAUCUUUUUCUCUCUUCCCCACCCCCAUUUCUUUGUCACUAUUCACUGUCUUUCAUCCACAAGCUGCUUGCUCCCCGAGUGCACCUGGUUCAUUUCUGACAAUUCCUCUGCAGAAAGCUUUCCGGUUUUCUGACACCCACUUCUAAUGAAAUGCGUGAUGUUUUUUCUUUGCAACCUAACCACUGUGCAAAUGGAGCGGUUUUACAUAUUCCCCUUCUAAAAGGAGAGUACAAAAACCCUAGUAUUGCUUUAAAAAAUUUUUUUUAAACAUUUGCUUUUUUUUUUUUUUUACCUCACCCCGCCUUCUUGUUUUCCAUUUAACUAUCUCAUUAAAGAAAUAAAGAUUUCUCUAUACAUGAAAUAGUUUGCUAGAUACAAAAGCUAGUUUAAAUAUUUGUGUUCUUUUUAGAUUCAAACUUAUUCUUUUUUUUUCUUCUUUCCCCCUUAUCUCCAUCUCUCUUCUCUCUGUGUCGGUCUCUCAACAGAGAAUUGCCCAAUUACCUUUUUUAUUCCCUGACUACGAAGACUUCAUUGGAGUGGAGAGGCAUAUCCAUCCAUUCAGUCUUAUCCUUGGCCACUCUUCCAAAUCACUAUUAGUAUGUGGGCAGGAGUAUUUGUAAAGGCUCCAGUGGCUUUGUCAGAGAUGUGUGGGAGCGUUGAGAUGAAUCUUUACAAUGAAUGUUUUGUUUUUGUCUCCGAAUUCAUUUACUACUCUAUUUCCUACAGCAGCGAAAUCCUUUAAAAAUUCUGAAUCUUAAUUUUCUUCUGGCAUCUUUUCUCUCGUUAAUUUUUUUUUUUGGCCAAAUUUACUAUAUAUACUUUUAUUUUGCUGUGUCAUGAUGACGUUAUAGUCUACAUAGUAAAAAAAAAAAAAUGUUUUUAAAAAUUGGACUUUGAAACCCGGAAAGACUUCACUAUUCUUUCACAUGUACACCUUUCUUAGAUUUUGGAAGGUAUCUUACCUUAAAAUUAGCAGUAUCAUUCUUACAGACUUCUGUUUCCUUCUCUCCCUCCCUAGUCUCCUCCUUCCCCCAACCCACCCGGGCUUGAUUUAGGUACUGACUCUUUGCUUUUUCCGUUAUCCUCCCCUUUAUCUAGAUGCCCUUUGUUAAGAUGCAAAAGGAGGGAGGGAGGGAGACGUGGCUUGAAUCGCGCGGGUAGAACAGGUGGUGGAAGCGCAGCCUCUAGUCAGAUGAUCUCAUCCUGGGUAAGCUGGGCGGGCGGUUGGGGUGGGGAGGGAGAAGAAGCGGAGAAGGAAGGAGGAGGAAAAGAGGAGGAGGGUCUGGCCAAAAUGCUCUCUUUGCAGCCUCAACCCGCAUAAAUAAUAAACUGCGUUCUUUCUUUUCCCCUCCCUCUCAAAACAAACCCCAACAACUCCUACGGCUCAAGACAAAACAUUGACACACACUAUAUAUACUAGAUGCCUUUGGUCAAAAAGGGCCCCGGAUCACUUAACCCAACUCUGCUUGAGUCCAGCAAACACAAAGCAGGAAAUCUGAAAGCUGGAGAGCUCUCCACAGACUUAAGCCUUUAAAUUGUGGUCUUAAAUUGUGAGAAGCAGGCCCUUCUCAGUCCCCAUGCAGAACAUAGGGAAAAGCAGCAAUUUUUUAUGUCUCCAAAACUUUCUUUAAAGAUUUCAGUUGUAAACUUUUUCUUUUCAUGUUUUUCCUCCAUCCAUUCACUUUUCUUCGAUCAACCCUCAUUCAGGUUUUCUACCUCCUCUGGUAGAAUGCUUCUUUCCUUUAUGCCUCUUAUUCUUAACUCCUAAUUAAUGGCGUUCAUAUUCCGAAAAUGGCAAGUUUAAGGGAAAUUUUUGGGGUCGUCUAGGAUUCUUAGGAGACACAUUGCUUUGAAUCAGUAAUACAAACUUCCGAUAAAAAGUGGAUAGCCUCUGCUGAGCUCCCCAGCCUGGACCUUCACCAUCGGCGGGUGGUAACUUCUAGCUUUCCCCCUCCCCUUAUUUCCGAAACUCUGCGCUCUUUGCUGGGCAGGUAUGUCCAGUGACGAGGUGCAAGACGAUUUGCCUAAAGCGUCUAGGAGAAAGUCUUAAGAAAUCCAAGAAGCGGGCGGGCCAAGAGACCGAGGGCCUCGGGAACCGCUGCCCUUUCCUCGCAGCCCGGCUCUGGGCAGAACGUGGCUCAGUCCUAGAGCGCCCCCUGUCCCCGCCCCUAGCGGCUUCGCGUGGAUUUGCUAGAAAGGAAGAGUAGCUUUAGUGGGGAGGGGGAAACAUCUCCGCCGGAGUAGUCUGAAUCACUCUAGUAAACACAGAGAACCCGUGACCAGGCUUGCUCCGCCCGCUGGGAACUGGACCUCGACUUAGCCGCCUCAGAAAUAGGAAUGGAACGUGUCUGCGCUUUGGAGGAGGGACGACCAGAGGAGAAGGGACCGGGUGGGGUUCACCCUGCCCCCACCCUCGCCUUUACCUGUCGGGACUUGCCUGCUCUAGGCUCCGAGUGGGCGAGGUCAGCCACUGUGGGGCGGGGCUACUAGGGGGCGGACCCCGCGAUGAUUGGAUGGCCAGUUCUGGGGAGCCCAGCCUGGGCUCAGCUGCUGCGCUGCGCAGGUUUCACUUCAUAGCUCGCUGCUGCCUGGUGUCCUGCUCUUUUUGGAGCUGACUGUUCCCAGCAGUGCAGCAACCUCUGCGCCGCCUCUGCCGCAGCCAACACAGCAGCAGCAGCCACCGCAGCCGCAGCCGCAGGCGUAGCAUCGCAGCCGCCGCCGCCGCCGCCGCUACCGCCACCGCUACCACCGGUGCUGCGCAGCCUUAGCCACUGCCAUCUUCGCCACUCCACAGAGCCCUCAACCAGAGCGACCAUCAGCCAUCUGAUCGCUCUCCACCUCCUUCCUUUCCCCUGCCCGCUCGCCCCCAAUGUCUGACUCUGACUCUCGGACAGAGAAGCGUAAG